AUGGCAACCACAGAGCUCUACACAAAGGGGGCGUGUGUGUGGGUGCCGGACCUUGAAGCUGUGUGGAUUUCUGCUCAGUUAUUGCGAGACUAUCGAUCUGGAGACCAAUACAUCCUAAUUCAACUCAAUGAUGGCAGAGAGAUGGAGUAUCCAGUGAUGCCUCCAGCAGGUCUUCCUCCUCUAGGGAACCCUGAUAUUUUGGAGGGGGAGAAUGACCUCACGGCGCUAACCUUUCUCCACGAACCAGCGGUACUUCACAAUUUGCGAGUGCGCUUUCUCGACUACAGUAGCAUUUACACCUACUGUGGAAUUGUAUUGGUGGCCCUAAAUCCUUACGAACAGCUGCCAGUCUAUGGAGAAGAGGUUAUUGAUGCAUACAGUGGACAGGACAUGGCUGAUAUGGAGCCUCAUAUCUUUUCUGUGGCUGAGGAGUCAUAUCGAACUAUGAUCAGGGAGGAGAAGAAUCAGUCCAUCAUAAUCAGUGGAGAAUCGGGUUCAGGAAAAACUGUAUCUGCAAAGUUUACCAUGCGUUACUUUGCCGUUGUUGGUGGUGCAGCCCGGCAGACCAGCGUGGAGGAGAAAGUUCUGGCAUCCAAUCCCAUCAUGGAGGCAAUUGGCAAUGCAAAAACAACCCGAAAUGACAACAGCAGCCGUUUUGGAAAGUAUAUCGAAAUAGGAUUUGGGCCCAAAGGGGAUAUCAUUGGAGCGAACAUGAGAACGUAUCUACUGGAGAAAUCAAGAGUUGUUUUUCAGACAUCUGAUGAGAGAAACUACCACAUCUUCUAUCAGCUCUGUGCCUCAAGGGAUUUGCCCGAGUUCAGGACACUAAAACUUGAUUCGCCUGAGAACUUCCAUUACACCAACCAAGGACAAAACACUCAUAUUCCAGACACAGAUGAUGCUGUUGAGCUAGUGCGCACCAGAAAUGCCUUUACUAUACUUGGCGUGCAAACUGACCAGCAGAUGGAGAUAUUUCAUAUACUGGCAGCUAUUCUUCAUCUCGGGAACGUCAACAUACAAGCAAGUGGUCGAGGUGGAGACCGCAGCUAUAUUGAUGCCCAUGAUCGUUCACUGGCCAUCUUUGCCAAGCUUUUGGGAGUGGAAGGUGCUCAGAUGGCCCAAUGGCUGUGCCACAGGCGAUUGACGGUGGGUGGGGAGAUGUUGGUGAAGCCCAUGACAGGACAGCAAGCCAACGAUGCUCGAGAUGCUCUAGCUAAGCAUGUAUACGAGCAGCUGUUCGCCUGGACCGUACAAAGGCUCAACUCAUCUUUAAGAGCUCACAGGCAACAGCCAAAGUCUUUUAUAGGAGUUCUUGAUAUCUAUGGGUUUGAAACCUUUGACAGGAACAGCUUCGAGCAAUUCUGUAUAAACUAUGCCAACGAGAAGCUACAGCAGCAGUUCAACAGGCAUGUGUUUCAACUGGAGCAAGAGGAAUAUCUGCGCGAGGAGCUUCCCUGGAAUCGGAUCGAAUUUAGUGAUAAUCAGCCGUGUAUCGCUCUUAUUGAGGGACAACUGGGUCUGCUUGAUCUUCUGGAUGAGGAGUGCAGAAUGCCUAAAGGCUCAGAUGAGAACUGGGCUCGGAAACUUUAUGAUCAGCACCUGAACCGGAGCGCUCACUUUCAAAAACCACGCAUGUCUAACUUCGCCUUCAUCAUCCUGCACUUCGCUGAUAUGGUCCAGUAUGAGUGCGAUGGAUUUUUGGAUAAGAAUCGAGACACUGUAUUUGAGGAGCCCAUUAACAUUCUGAGGGCUAGUCAGUCAGAGCUGGUCGCCGAGCUGUUUCAGAAAGAGUCAGCAGGUGAAGUCCCGCCCAACUCUUCUCUACCGAACGGAAACCUACGAUCCGGGAAGAGAGCUCAUCGUGAACACAAACUCACUGUUGGCUUUCAGUUCCGGCAAUCUUUGCAACUUUUGAUGGAAACCCUGAACAGCACCACCCCACAUUACGUCCGCUGCAUCAAACCCAACGACCUCAAACAGCCCUUCCUAUUUGAUCCCAAGCGAGCGGUGCAGCAAUUGCGAGCAUGUGGUGUUUUGGAGACUAUCCGCAUCAGUGCUGCAGGAUACCCCUCCAGAUGGACGUAUGAGGAGUUCUUCACCCGUUACCGUGUGCUACUGCGGGGGUCGCUUUCCCUGGAUGACAUGGGGCGCUCCUGCCAGAGGUCUCUUGCAGACCUCAUCCCUGACCCAGAGCAGUACUGCUUUGGCAAAACCAAGGUCUUCUUUCGGGCCGGGCAGGUUGCGGUGUUGGAAAAGCUGAGAGGGGACAAGUUGCAGGCGGCUGGUGUUUUGAUCCAGAGCUGGGUGAGAGGUUGGCUGCAGCAACGGCAGUAUCAGAAGCUCCGGCGGGCCACCAUCAUCCUGCAGCGCUAUACCAGAGGAACCCUGGCCCGCAGGUUGGCGUGGAGUCUUCGUUACACCCUCGCUGCUUUGAUCAUCCAGAAGACAUACCGCAUGCUGGCUGUUCGACAGCUUUAUCUGACCAUCAGGGAGAACACCAUCAAAAUCCAGGCCUUUUUCAGAGGCACCCAAGCUCGACGCAUUUACAGAAAGAUGCUGGUAGAGCGGGCAGUGGUUUUCUUGCAGGCCCGGGUGCGAGGCUGGCUGGCCCGGUGCAGGUUUAAGCGCAUCAGAGAUGCCGUGGUGCUCCUGCAGUGCUGCGUGCGCAGACAGGCGGCACGUAAAGAGCUGCGGCGACUGCGAGCUGAGGCGAGAUCAGUGGAGAAAUACAGAGAGCUAAAUAAAGGCAUGGAGGUCAAACUCAUGCAGCUACAGCUCAGAGCCGAUCAACAGGCGAGAGAAAGUGCAUCUCUAAGGGAGACCCUGCUGGUUGAGCGAGAAGCUCACAGAUCUGAGGUGGAACAGCUGCGCUCAAGUCUCCAGAAACUCAAGAUACAACUGCAGGAAAACAUCAACAGCACUCCCUCGCUCACAGAGAAACAACAGGAGGAGCGGAGGAAAGCCGAGGAGAGGACUGCUCAACAGAUCCUUCAUCUUACACAGGAAAUCCAGUCUCUCCGAGCUGAGAGGGAUUCCUUGGAGAAGGAGAGGAAUGAGCUUGGUGUUUGUUUACAGGAACAGCAAAAAGUGCAGCAGGAUAAAGAUAGCCAUCAGCAGUCUGUGGAUCAGAACGAUGCAUCCGUGCUGGCAGAGCUGGAGGAGGAGAGGAGAAGAUACCAGAGCUUACUAAGAGAAUUUACAAGACUAGAGCAAAGAUACGACAACCUGAGAGAUAUGAGCAUGUUCACCACCAAUGAGCGUUCACAUGGACACAGACGAACAGAUUCGACGGUGUCUUUGGAGCCUCCGUCGCCCGUCUCCACACCCUUCUCAAACUCGCCCGUCUUCCCGUCGCCCGAGGAGGUCAGGAGGAUCAGUGUGACAUCACCCACUGACAGGAGACCUUGGGGCUUCGAGCAACCUCUGGAUGUCCUAAUGGAGAAUGUGGGCGUGGCCAAAGAUGCAUCAGAGAAGAUGAAGGGAGAAGAUCUCAGACACGCCUAUGACGCUGUCCGUGUGGCAAACAAGCUUCUAGAAAUGCAAUUGUUGUCUCAAAGAGCACAAUGGGAAGAGGAGAUAUCUGCUCUGAGGAUGAAACUUCAACAGGCUCAAAUCAGAGGAGACACUGGUGGAGAUACUGAGAUGAAGGAUCUUGCUGAGCAAGUGGCGGUGAGAGAUCAGGAGUGUUCUCGAAUGCGCCGAGAACUUAAGGAACUCAAACACACCGUGACACUCAGGAGAAUUUUAUCAUAUGCGGGUCAGUUUACGUCUGAAUCUCAAGAUCCAACAUCUCCACCCCCUCAGAAAAACCACACACUCGCCGGAUUGCUGGAGUGCAGGAAAAAAGACGAAAACAAACUUAUUAAAAAUCUCAUUACAGAUUUGCGUGUUGAUGUCGCCCUUUCUUUACCCUCGGGUAUCGCGGCACGGGUUCUGUUCCUUUGCAUACGUCAGGCGGACUGCAGCGGUGAUCAGAUGCGAGUAAAGGGGCUUUGCAGUGCUGCUGUUAGUGCCAUAAAAACUGCAUUGAAGAAACAUGGCAAUGAUUUAAACAUGACAGCUAUGUGGCUGAAGAACGCAUCCCUGUUCAAAGAUCUGCUCAACCAACACUCUCCUCAUAAGGUGACUGAUCUACAAAUGCUUUUCUUUGAGAUGAGAGGUUCAGAAGAGCAUGUACCCCUUGUGACUGAUGUGCAGGAGUCCGUCCGAGCUUUUAGUGAUCUCUGUAUUCAGGCAUAUCAGCAGCUGUUGUCUAUAACAGAGAGUCGUCUGCAACCCAUCAUCGUACCUGCCAUGCUUGAAAGUGAAACGAUUCCUGGCCUGUCUGGAUCAUCAGUAAAGCUGAGCAGCGGUCGAAAACGUGCAUCCUCAGAUCCCCGUGGCACCACCGAAGGGGCCACUAUGUCAGCUGUUCUGAGGGAACUGGGAUCGUCGCACACGGCGCUGUCUCGUCAGGAUCUGCCCUCGGCUCUGCUGGAACAAACCUUUCACCAGCUCAUAUACACGCUGGCCGCCACAACCCUGAAUGCCCUGCUACUGCGUAAGGACAUGUGCUGCUGGAACCGUGGCCUUCAGAUCAGGUAUAAUGUGAGUUUGCUGGAGGAGUGGCUGCGCUGUCGUUCACUGCAGACAGGUGGCACUGUGACUGCUCUCAAACCCUUGAUUCAAGCAGCUCAACUUCUUCAAAUGACCAAAAAGACUGAGGCAGAUGGACAAGCCAUGGUCCAAACCUGCAGUGCACUGUCCAACCAGCAGAUUGUGAAGAUUUUGAGCCUGUACACUCCUCAGAGUGAUCUUGAAGAAAGGGUGACGCUAAAUUUUAUCCGUAUAGUACAGGGGCUGCUGAAGGGACGGUCUGAUGGGCAACCUCCACAGCUUCUGAUGGAUGUCAGGCGGGUGUUCCCCGUCACCUUCCCUUAUCAGCCACCACCACCAGUCAGCACCGCCCACCUCGAAAUCCCAGAAUCCCUCAAGUUGUCAUUCCUACGCAGACUAUGAGGCUAUUCAUCUGCUGCUAAACAAACGAUGGCUGUAGAAAGAC